AUGCCCGAUACCCCCAACUUCCCAGAUGAAAACGAUCCUACUCCUUACUCUGAGUUCGAAGAAGCAAUGUUAGAGUGGGCUGACUUCAUGGAAGAGAGACAUGGCUGGUUCAAUUUUGACCCCAUGCAGAACUUUGACUCCAUGGCGCAGACCCCGACACACAUUGAUCUGCAACUUGAUGGCCAACAGCACCCUCAGAUUUCGCCGACAGCCCACGCUGGACGCUCCCCCCAGGUGAGGGAACGCGCUAGGUCGAUCCGCAGCCUUCGCCGACAACAUUAUCCUUCUGCUGUCCGUGUUCCAGGUCAACAGUUACCUGGCGCACAGGACGUGUCGCCUCGUAGCAGGAACACUGCUCGUCCAGCGCUUGCAGCAGAGCAUCGCGAUAGCCCCGUCCAAUGCGACUGGAGAGGCUGCGGCACCCGCCCAACCUUCAAGCGAACAGCCGACCUCUGGCGACACAUCAAAUCUCUCCAUCUAUGGCCGGGCUCGUACGUCUGCCCUGAUGAAGGAUGCCGUGACAGGUUUAACCGCGACGACAACCGCCAUGACCACGCAAUGCGCAUGCACGGGCAUCAGGGUCCUCGCUAG